AUGUCCUCGCUAUCAUCAGUCGUAUCAAAUCUCAUGCGGGCACAAAUGGGGACCUCUGUGUCCGGUACAGUCACCGAUGAGGAUCUUGACCGACAUGUAGCAGAACUCAUUCUCAAGGAGGCAAAGCAGAAAGCGGAGCAGUAUGGGAAGGAUGGGAUUCGCGCAUAUCUCCCCAGUGGAUACUCAGAGAGUAAUGCGCCUAAGGCGAACAAACGUUUCCUGUCAUCAAUUAUUCGGAGCACCGAUGACCACAACAAGACAAUCCUCCGAGCGCAAGCUCUCGCUGCACAAGAGGUCAGAGCAGAGCGGGAGGAACAAGAGCGGCGUGAGCGGCGGGCUCGUGCAGAGGAGGCGGCUGCCGCUGAACGACUUCGUCGGCUCAUGGGCACCAGUGGACGGACAGACUGGGCACACAAUUGGGAUCGAGGUGAGAGGGCAGAUCGCAAACGACGUGAGAGGAGCUGGGAGCGGCGGUCUGACUACGACGAGGACGAUGACGAGCACAGGAGACAUAGAAGGAGGUCGGAGAGGCGCGAGCGAGAGCACCGGCACCGCCACACGUCGAGAUCGGACCCCCGUAGGGAUGGCAAAUCUGACCGACACGACGAGCAUUCCCAUCGCAAUGGGAAGCAGUCUGACCGACACGACGAGCAUUCCCGACGCAAGGGGAAGCAGAAGGCGAGCGCGACCGUCGAACUACAUGACACGCAGUCCGCGCCGUCCCGAGCAUCCUCGAAGCCGAAGGACCACGAGCUAGCCGCCGACGACUUGCCAUCGCGCCGCCCGACACCGCAGGCGGAGCCCUCAGUUCACACUACUCGGUCCUCGGCAGGCUCGUCUCGAUCGCCCCCACCUCCCGUAUCCUCCCCUCCACCACUACCGCCUCCACCGCCUCUCCCGUCAAAGAUGGACAAGUAUUUCAAGGAUUCGUACGACCCUCGUCUCGAUGUCGCUCCCCUUGCUGUUCCAUCUGUGCCUGCGACAGGCCUCAUCAGUGAUGAUGAAUUUGCGGGCUGGGACGCAAUGCUGGAGAUAAUCCGGCAGCGCCGCGAGGACAAAGCGGAGAAGAAGGUACUUGAGCGGUGGGGCAUCGGCAAGGACAAGAGUAAGGACAAGAAGGUCAAGAAGGGCGACGAUGAUGCUGCAACACGCUGGUCCCAGGACAGCCUCAUGGAGAUUCAGUACAAGAAGAGGGGUUCUGUGCGAGAGUGGGAUCUCGGGAAGGAUGGACUGUAG